GAGAGAGAGAGAGAGAGAGAGAGAGAGAGAGGGUUGCAUGUUGGUGUAGCAAUCUAUCAAUCCCAAUCGUCCACGAGCUAAUAAAAGUAAACACUGACUAUGAUCCAUUAAAGGGGACCUUUUCUUGGAAGGUUUAAAGCUAGCCUUGCGUUGCCUUGCCUUGGCAACCCAGAAAGAAAUUCCACCACUCAACGUGAAACCAAUACCCAUAUCUCUCUUUUCUUUCUUGCUUAUUGAUCUGAACUUGAUUGAGCUCUUGCUUUGCUUGCUUGCUCAGCUUAUCGGCCACCGCCCAACCCAAGAGCCCUGUCAGAAGAACAACCGAUUAGAACCCCCACUACCCAAAAAAGGGAGAGGAGUUCAUUAAAAGCUCUCCGGUGAUAGGGAAAGCGACACAGUAUUAGAGACCUGGCGGUUGGGGGCAUUUCCACUGUUAUUUUUUUGGGUCUUAAAUGCCUGCCUUUGCUCAUUAAAGCUCGUGCCAUUCUUUGCAAAGAGUUGCUGAUAAGUGUUAGGCUGUUAGCUUAAUCUCGUCGCAAAAUAUGGAAAUUAAAAUCAUAAAAAGAUUUCAUUUUUUUCUUUAGAAUAUACAGAGAGAGAGAGAGAGAGAGACAAUUAGUUCAUAAUUAUUUAUUUUUAAUUAUUCUUUUUGGUGAGUCCUAGUUCUGGGUCUGAGUUAAACAGAAAACGCAAGAACCAACAACAUAGAAAGGAGAAUCAAAGCUCGUGAUUCGAGAUACAGAGAAGUAGAGCACCGGUCAACAUCAACACCAAUACCAGUAGUUUCGGGAAGGAGAAGAAGAUGGGCCGCCACAGGCCUUCAUAAACAUCAUCUCCAUAUUAUCACACUACAUUAAGCCAUGGAAGACACUGGACGAGUUCUGCUUCGUCUCGUUCUUGUUCUGUUAUUGAUUCAGUGUUCACUAGCCCAGCAAGGCUUCUUGAACUCCAGCAUCGAGUGGACAGCUUUGCUUGAUCUUCGGUCAUCUUUAGGACUCAGAAGCACAGACUGGCCUAUAAAAUCCGACCCAUGCAGCAAAUGGAAUGGAGUCCAGUGCAAGAACGGCCGAGUCACCGGAAUCAAUAUUUCCGGGUUCAGACGGACCCGCAUUGGGCGUUCAAAUCCCAGUUUCAGCGUCGAUUCCCUCGUCAAUUUGACGUUUCUGGAGUCUUUUAAUGCUUCUGGGUUUUCACUUCCCGGUUGGAUACCGUCCUGGUUCGGUUACAGACUUGGUUCGCUGCAGGUACUCGAUCUCCGGUCUAGUUCAGUGACCGGUCCGAUUCCAGAUUCUCUCGGUAAUUUGACUAGAGUCAAUGCUUUACAUCUAUCUGGUAAUAACCUUACUGGUAAUAUACCCUCUGCUUUGGGCCAGUUAAUGCAAUUAUCAGUUCUUGACCUUUCGAGGAAUUCCCUCACUGGACAAUUACCUACUACUUUUGCAUUGCUUAGCAAUUUGUCAAGGCUCGACCUUUCUUCCAAUUUCUUAACCGGUCCAAUUCCGCAGGCUUUGGGUAACAUGGAUAGAUUGCAAUCCUUGAAUUUAUCUGACAAUAAUUUCGCGGAUUCAAUUCCUGUGAACCUGGGUAACCUUUCUCAAUUGGUUGAGCUUACUCUUACCAGAAACUCAUUGUCUGGGUCAUUGCCUGUAGAGUUAGCAGGAAUGAGGAAUUUGGUAAGCAUGGAAAUUGGGGAUAAUGGACUAGAGGGUGGGUUGCCUGAUGGUUUAUUUUCCAGUCUAAAAAAAUUGCAAGUUGUGGUCUUAAGUGGGAAUAAGUUUGAUGGUGCUCUUCCUAAGGCAUUGUUAUCAUUGCCAAACUUGCGGGUUCUUGAUGUGUCUUAUAACAACUUCACAGGUGUUCUGUCGAAUUUUAGUUCAAAUGUUAAUGUUAGUGGUGUCUUGUUCAACCUUUCAAAUAAUAUGUUAUAUGGAACUCUAGCUUCUUCAUUUGGGAAUUUUAUUGUGAUUGAUAUUUCUGCUAAUUAUAUCCAAGGAAAGGUUCCUGAUGGUAGUCAAAGCAAUAUUAGCCUUGACAGGAAUUGUCUUCAGGCUGUGUCGAAUCAGAGGAGUUUAGUGGAUUGUAAAUCAUUUUAUGCUGAGAGAGGCUUAAGUUUUGAUAAUUUUGGAGCCCCAGAACGAGCAGAACCCCCAUCGCGUGAAGUUUUACCUGCUUCUAAAAAGAAAAGUAAACAAUGGAUCUACAUUUUGGUGGGAUUGUUUGGUGGACUUGGCUUCAUUGUGAUUUUAGUAAUGAUUAUGAUAGUUGUGUUGCGGAAGUGUGAUAAGACCACUGCAAAUCAGACAGGCAGCACUAAUGUGGGACCUGUUCCAGAAGGAAAUAGCCCGUCACUUCCCAAGGAUCCUGUUAUUUUAUCUGGUUUAAGAAAUUCAUUUACUUAUGAACAAUUACUUUGUUCAACUGGUGAAUUUGGUGAUGCAAAUUUCAUCAAGUCUGGUCACUCUGGAGAUCUCUUCCGUGGUUUUCUAGAUGGAGGAACUCCCAUAGUUGUUAAAAAGGUGAAUUUGCAUUCUGUGAAGAAGGAAUCAUAUGGAAUGGAAUUAGAAUUAUUUAGCAAGUACUCGCAUACAAGAUUGGUCCCACUCCUGGGGCAUUGUUCAGAGAAUGAUAAUGACAAGCUUCUGGUCUAUAAAUAUAUGCCAAAUGGAGACUUGGCUAGUUCCUUGUAUAGGGUAAGUGAUUCUGAGGAUGACAGUGUACAGUCCCUAGAUUGGAUUACAAGAUUAAAAAUUGCUAUAGGAGCUGCUGAAGGUCUUUCAUAUCUGCAUCAUGAAUGUAACCCUCCCCUUGUUCAUAGGGAUAUUCAAGCAAGCAGUAUCUUUCUUGAUGACAAGUUUGAGGUGCGACUCGGAAGUUUGAGUGAGGUCCGUAUCCAGGGAGGAGAUUCACACCACAAGGUGCUUACAAGGUUCUUGCGGAAACCACAAUCCUCUGAACCAUGCCCUUCCGGUUCAUCAUCAGUGACUUGUGCUCAUGAUGUGUACUGUUUUGGGAAGGUCUUAUUGGAGCUCAUAACAGGCAAACUGGGCAUCAGUAAAUCAGAUGAUGCCACAACAAGGGAGUGGCUAGAACACACAUUGGCAUAUAUCAGUAUAUAUGACAAGGAACCAGUGACGAAGAUUAUUGACCCGUCUUUGAUCGUAGAUGAAGAUUUGUUGGAAGAGGUAUGGGCCAUGGCCAUUGUGGCCAGAUCAUGCCUUAAUCCCAAGGCUUCAAAACGUCCCCCAAUGAAAUAUAUUCUCAAAGCAUUAGAAAACCCGUUGAAAGUUGUGAGGGAGGAGAGUUACAAUUCAGGAAGGCUGAGAACAACUUCAUCUAGGAGAUCCUGGAGUGCUGCCUUUUUUGGCAGUUGGCGACACAGCUCAUCAGAAAAUGCUACUGUUCCAGGCCAUACUAUCCGUGAAGGUGUCGGUGGCUCAAAGCAGCCAGGAAGAGUAGGAUCUCAUGGCAGUUGUGGAAUUGAACAUACAUAUUCUAAUAAAAAGUUAUCCAGUGAAAUUUUUCCCGAGCCACUUGAAAUGCAAGAUAUAGAGCUGCAAGAUGAGCAUUAGCUAGCAUGGUGUUUUCAGAUGUUCAUUGAACAUACUGUGGCGUUCGCAGUUGAGUGUUAAACAUCCCUUUGAUAGCCUUUCAUCCAGGACUAAGGCAUUGAUUGAGCGGCUGGUUGGCUUGCUGAUGGCAGCAGAUGCUAUCGAGCCAUGAUCGAAAUGAUCAUUAAAGGAGGGUUCCUACUAAAGACAAAAGGUGUUUUGUGAGAUUUUUUUUUUCUUUAUUAGGUUUUGAAAGCUUGUUAGUUUUCCAGCAAGCUCCAAAUUUUCCCUGCCAUUGAUUGUUUCUCAUCAGCUCCAGAGUGUGGAACACAUAUUAUCAGAGAUGAGGAUUUUUGUU